UGAUAAAUGCGUUUUAAAGAGGAAACUGUAAGCUUUCUAUUUAUUUCUUCGUGAAUAUCAUACACCAACUCGUCUACUGUAAACGAUCAAAAUCAGUGUUUUUGCUUCAACAUUAAAUAAUUCUGCGAAAAAAACAUACUGCAAUCUACAAGGAUGCAAAUUAAAAUAGAAGUCCGAGCACCACGUGUCCACAUAUACAUCUAAAAAUACUUUGGCAGUACAGUGCGGGCAUACGAUCGCGCUGAUGAGAUCCGAUCGAUCGUCUCAGGUAGCGGAAUGGACUUGUCGCGCUACCGCAAAAUCAUCAUCUACGUGUUGACGUUUCUCGCGUACGGGUGGUCCGGCUAUGGCUCCGGAUUGUUGUCGAAUCUGCGGGACGCCGUGUUGGCAGCGGAGACGGUUUUUCACGACUUCUUCGAGAACGCCAUAACCGUAGCUAAGAAAAUCAAGGACAUACACGAAGUGUUUGACGCUGCGGUGGAAGAAAACUGCGUCUUCCAAUGUCCUGAUGGAUCCGCGCCGAAACCAGACUGGAAUCACAAACCACAAAGCAACGGAUGUGGUUCUCUUGGAAUCGAGGUAAAUCAAGAAUACCUUCCGUUGGCCGAGAUGACCAAGUGCUGCGAUUUCCAUGACUUUUGCUACGACACGUGCAACACCGAUAAGGAAAAAUGCGAUCUGGAGUUUAAGAGGUGCCUCUAUAAGUUCUGCGACACGUAUCAGACCACCGGCGUGACGAUUGUCAAUACGUGCAAGGGCGCGGCAAAAGUGCUGUACACGGGGACAACCGCACUCGGUUGCAAGAGCUUCCUCGACGCCCAGAAGAAAGCUUGCUAUUGUCCGGGCAAGAGUAAUCAUAAGAGCAAAAAACACAAGAAAGCAGCGCAGGCCGGCGGCGAAUUAUAACGUCACGCCUAACAUAAGAUAAUGCGAUGAAUUUAUUUAUGAAAAUAUGUUGUACUGAUAUAACUAUUCUAAGCAUUAUUUAAGAAUUUAAUGUCAAUUGCGGAUGACAAACUUCGUGCGAAAAUGGGGUCGAUAUAUCCCCAGCAUGUUGUAGAAAUUUUGUUACAAGUGAAGAGCAAUAAUAUUCUUCAUAAUUAA